CGUAACCAAAGCCUCCCGCACGCCUCUCCCUCAUCUUGUCUCUUCCUUUAUCAACCCCACACUUGUCCGCCUUCAUCAAGGACACUUUCUCUUACACCUCUUCUGUGUUUGUGCUCUGAUUCUAGUUCAUCAUGGUUGGUUACGUCGGUCACGUCGGUCACGCCCUCGUUCGUCGCGGCGUUCAAGCUGCCUCUGAGGGCUUCAAGAAUGGCGAUGGCAAGCCAGUUGAGAUUAAGAUCCCCGGCUGGGGACAGGCUUUGCUCUUCACGACCUUCAUCGUCUUCACGGUCAUCUUGAGCUCUCUUGAGUACACCCUCAAAGACGUCGUUGCAACUCUAGCGAUGGUCGAGAGCCCCAGCGCCGAAAUCGCCCUCACCUCCCCUCCCGAAGACGCCGACCCUCUCAUGAAGAACGACGGCAAUGUCGAAGAGAACGCAGGCCCCAACGUCACCCUCGUCCGUGCGAAGCCCAUCACUUCCAAGAUCCGCACCACACUCCGACACCUCAAGUCCCAGGCUGGUCCCCUCUCUAAAUGGCGCGGACUGGUUCCCUUCAUCUUCUACAACUUCACACAUGCGUUCGUGACCAAGAUUUUGGAUGCCGUGAUCCCUGGCUUCAUCCCGGGCCGCUUUUUCAUCUUCUCUUCGCUCUCCGCUGUCCUCCUUGCCCGUGUCCACGCGGCAUGGACUCACACUGUCAUCUCGAUGCCCUCCAACAAGCGCUUCUGGCGCCGCAUGCCCCCGGCAUCCUCCUGGCGCCAGCUUGCGCUCCCGGCCGCUGUCAAGGCCUGCGCCGGGUACGCCUCGCUGUACGUCGCCGUAGGCUUUGUCUACGUCCUUCGUCUCAACCGUCUCAACGGCAACGAGCUUGCCACCUACAAAGGCGUUGACUGGUUCCUGCUCGCGCUCCGUGUGACCUCCCUCGUCGCCGUGGUCCUCCUUUCGGCGCUCUUCGUCACCCUCCCUGCUAUUGUAACUUUGGUCCGUGUCGAGGCCAGCCUACUGCCGGAAGAUUCGGAAUGUAUAGUUCCAUUUGACCGCUCCUUCGCCGGCAAGGUUGUCCCAGCUAUCCUCGGCGGCUCUGGCGCUAUCGGCUUCGUCGAUGCGUGGCGUUCGUUCAACUGGGAGGCCCGCCGUCGCCUAGUAUUCCUCUAUGUUAAGAUCACGCUCGUCAUGUUUGCCGUCAUGAUAAUCCUCAUGCCCAUCAUGGUCUUCGAGAUCUGGGUCGUCAUGGGCCCAGCGCUGCAGAAGCUGGUGGCGGAUGCCCAGGGGCAGGUUUCCGCGCAGGGCGAAAUGCACACUUGGUAAAUACACCAAAGCACGCAAAGGCUCUGGAUUAUGAACAUCGAAAGCUAUGUCGGCCGCUGGAAGACAUAGCUUGGUUCGUAGCGCUGCGAGUAGUAUAGUAUGAUAUGGGUUGCCGAUAUGGUAGCACCAAACUUGACAAACUGUCGAUAGCUGAUUUACUUCGGUACACUCUUUUCCUUGGACCUAGCUCUUUUCUUUGGGCGUUUGGCAUGCAC